GUAUGAAGUACUGUCGUCCCUUGUUCCGAUCAUUGUUCAAGGUGGACCCGACUUUGGCUCGAGAAACAUUCAUCAAGAACAAGUCAUUUUACCAUCCAAUCGCGGCUGCGAUGAUUGAAAUUGUGAGUACGACGUGUUGUCAUGUGUGUUUUAUUUCGGCGUUUUUUCUCAUUACGUCGUUUUAUUGCAUCUUUUCAUUUUUUCAGGAUUUGGGUCUCUCAUCAUAGUUUUCUUCCAUCCCUUUUCCCCACAUGCUGUACUCUCACACACAAUUAUCAAAUUGAAUAGGUCAACAACAUCCCUCUGAUCUCUGCCAUCCUGCCGCUGAUGGGACAGGACCUGAGCCUUCACAGAGCGGGUGACGUGACGACCCUACCUCCCCCUUCGAUCCUGCCGUUGAUGGGACAGGACCAAAACCUCAAGGGAGCGGGUGACGUGACGACCCUACCUCCUGCUUUGAUCCUGCCAUUGAUGGGACAGGAUCCAAACCUUAACGGAGCGGGUAACGUUACCCUACCUCCUGCUUCGACACGGCGUAAGAAGCUGAUCGCCGUCUGCGGCAGCACGGGUACCGGCAAAUCACAACUAGCCGUGGAGCUUGCUCAACACAUCACUAAUCACGCUCACGACGACACACGAAUGGGGUCAGAGAUUAUCUCUGCAGAUAGUAUGCAAAUGUAUGAAGGUUUAGAUGUAAUUACAAAUAAGGCAACAAGACAAGAGAUGGAAGAUGUUCCACAUCAUAUGUUGAGCGUCUUGGACCCAAGACUUGGCGAUGAAUGUGACGUUGGUACAUUCAUACAAAAAGCCAAUCAAAUCAUAACAAGGUUGCAUGAUGAUCCUAACGUUGAUUAUGUUCCUAUCAUUGUUGGUGGAACGAAUUACUACCUUCAACACUUGCUCUUGCCGGGGAAACUUGUUUCGAUGGAUGACGACAAACGAGAGCACGUUGACAACAGUGAUAGCGAUGGUGGAAAGGAAGCGAAUGCUGUUACCGAGGAUACUGUCGAUCAGAUUCUUGCUUCGUUGGGUGUUCCUCUUGAGAAUGAACAACGACAAUUGCUCUUGAGGUUAUCAGAAAAGUCUGAUGAUCACGACCCAUCAGCUUUGCAAUUGUGGAAGUUGUUGAACGUGUUGGAUCCAAAGAUGGCAUCGAGAUGGCAUUAUCGAGACACUCGUAAAACUCGUCGAUCAUUGAAUGUUUUGCUUGAAACGGGUAAACGACAUUCACAAUGGUAUGAAGAACAACGUGAAAAGGAACAAGUGGAAGAAGGGGAAGAAGAGGAUGGUGGUGGUGGUGGUGUAGAGAGGAUGGUAAUUUGGAUUUACAGUGAUUUAAAUACUUUACGUCAAAGGUUAGACAAACGGGUUGACAAGAUGAUCGAAAGGGGCCUUUUGCAAGAGAUUGUUGAAUUACGAUCUAUCGCCCGUUCAUUGGAACAGUCAAGAGGAGAUAAUGCAGUCGACUAUACCCGUGGGAUCUUCCAAACGAUUGGUUAUAAGGAGUUUGAUGAAUAUCUAACGCAUAGAGAAAGAACUUUUGGCUCUUUGGAUGGUACUUCGGAUCUUAUUCCUGACCCAUCCGAUGAUCAAGGCAGGAAAUUGUUCGACCAUGCAAUUGAAUCGAUGAAAUUGGCUACUCGUCAGUAUGCCAAACGACAGAUCAGUUGGCUAAGGAAUCGAUUAGCCCCAGAUAUCGGUCGUAAAGCGAGUAAGGGUAUUCGACUCGUCAUUUUAGAUGCAACCGAUCCAAACCAAUGGCAAGAAAAUGUCAAUCAACCUGCGAGUGACAUUAUAGACGCUUUCUUGAAUGAUGCACCUUUACCGUUGGAGAAGACUAUACCCAUUCCAACAUCUAAUUCUCCAGCUAAGAAGUCAAGAAAGAAAGCUAUAAAUGCAAGUACUGCAGAUGACCAAAGUUCAACCGACGAUCGAUUAUCGUUUGUGAUUUGUCCUAUCUGUACGCCCGAUGAGCCAGGCUCGGAACCGCAAAUGGUGCUCAGGGCUAAAUGGCAAGAUCAUAUCCAUGGAAAGGUACACAAGAAUGCCAUGUACAAAAGAGGUAUCUUAUCGAGAAGUGGACCAGAUCAAAGUGAAGAAGCACAAAAGAAGCGUGCUGCACGUCAAGCUGCACGAAAUGUAGACUAGAUGUGUCCCGGUAUCCCGAACCAUAACAAAAAGUGUAUAUCAUUUUGUAUUCUUACUUACAUGUACCAUAGAAUAAUUAGCCCACGCAUUGAUACCAGUACGAU